AUGAGUAGGAAAUGUAUUUCAUCAACAUUUCCCAUUAUAAAUCGACACUUUUCGGUGUCACCGAUUUUAUCUAUUCAUCUAACGUCGAUAUUAAAUGGUGAACCACAAAAAGCAAAGAAAAAACUCGAUCCAUUGUUAGAUAAACUUCGUGACGAACGAAAACGUAAACGUGUUGAACGAGUUAUUAAACGAUUAGAAAAAUUUAAACAACAAUUAAAACCAAUUCAUGAAUAUGAACCAGAACGUCGAAUAAUGAAAGAACUCGAAACUCGUCCACAAGUAGAAUUGACAUCUGAAGAGACAACACAACGUUUAAUGUUGAAUCGUGAUUGGGCAAAAUAUAAAUAUAAACAACAUCAACAAGAGAUAACAUUGAUAUCACGAGCGAUGAAAUCUCAAGAAGAUGCACUUGAACAAUUGAAAAAAGAAAAUAAAAUAUUAUACGAACAAGCUCUUCAAAUCGAUAAUAAAUUAAUUCCAUUCAUAAGACGUGGUCCAUUAUAUAGUUUGCCAAAUCCCAAUUAUGAUGCACCGGAUGGAGAUUAUUAUGAUAUAACGAAUUAUUUUGAUAAAGGCUUUGGUGUUAAUUUUAUGGAUCAUAUGAAAAAAAUGGAUCUUCAAAUAUGGGCAGAUCGACGAGCAGCCAAACGAAUCAAAAAAGAAGAACGAGAAGCAGAAAAAAAUAAAUAA